AUGACACCAUUUGAAAAUGCAAUAUCUGGUUCGUUAGCAUCCGUUUUUGCUGCAUCUGUCCUCUGCCCAACGGAACUUGUUAAAUGUAAAUUACAAGCACAACGAGAAAUGUUUCCUGGAGUGAAAAGUACGCUAUUUUCAACGUGUCGAGAUGUCUAUAAAAUGCAUGGUUUACGGGCAUUUUACACGGGCAUGGUUGCUACGUUAUGUAGGGAGGUGCCUGGGUAUUUCUUCUUUUUUGGUGCCUAUGAACUAUCACGAUUUUAUUUUACGCCACCUGGAAGAACCAAGGAUGAAAUUGGUAUGUUGGCUCUUACAUAA